AUACCAAAAGACCAUUCCAAGUUGCGCGUAUUGGAAAAUGGAAUCUAACAGGUGACGGAGGGUGUGACAUGUUCGUGUUUCUUUCUUUUAACAAAAAAGAUAGAGGGUUUCUAGUUCCUAUCCAGAUUAAAUACCGGUCAACGGAAAAUCUACAAAUAUAUGAUCCCAAAAUAAAUUAUGAGGGUGGUUCCAAGACAUUAAAUCAUUAUUUACGUGAUUUUGAUGAGUUAUUAUCCCGUAUGAUCCUCGAUGAAAAUGAGAGUUCUUUUAGGAUACGCUAUGGAAUUUUCAUUGUCAAUAACAAAGUUCAUAUCCCUGAAUGGUAUCCUAGUACCACGAAUGUUGUUAUAGGUAAACAAACCCAAUUCUAUGGUAGUGGGGAAACCAUACUCAACAAGACUGACAGGGCAAUGAUAGCAGCACAUACAGAUACC